CUCUCUCUCUCUCUCUUUUUCUCGUCCGAUAGUUUUUCUUUUUCGUUUCUUUAACGGCAUCAAUGAACUAGAUGCACAAACUAAAUAUAGCUCUCUUAGCACAUCGUUUUUCACUUAAGGCUGAAGAGAAAGGCGCGCAUGUUCUGUACACUAGCCUGGGCAAGACCAGCGCGUCGAGAUAAGUUUGCAUGCAACACCAUCGGCGAUACCUGAUCGAGAUAGUGUUUUAUAUCACCGACGUGUUUCCGAUUGUUCCUUCGGAAGGAAGGCAGAGCAAAGAGCCAAGGAAUAUCGUUAAUGCAUCGUGGUGCUAAGUAGUUGGAACAAUUAUUCGCGAUACAUUCACAGACCCAAGUCGAGCCGAGUGGGAAGUGCAUCGAACCGCAAUGCAAUUUGAUGCAACGCGACGAUGAGUCAGCGACCGAGUCGCGACGCGCCAUAUAUCUGCGGAAGAAACGCGGCGUGAAAUGCCGAGACGCGUAAUAAAGUGAUAAAAGAAACGUCAAAGUCUCAUAAAAUUAAUAAUAACCGCUUGUCGUCGCGUGAUGGUACGCGGCAAAUACGAUGCAUCAACAAUUUAUCCAUAAUUAAUUAGCUUUGUGAUAUCCGAAUGUUUCUGAAAUUGAAAGUAAAACGUAUUUUAUGCCAUUGAGUAUUAUAUUUUUCUUUUACAAAUUUGUAAUAAAAUCACAAGCGAUAUAUUAUUCUAAUAAUAGUUAAUGACGCAGUUAGUGACGUCGUCGUUAUAUUGUUUAUUACGUGCUCACCCUUUGAGAAGCGCGCGGCGACAGAUCUCUAUGAAUAAUGCAUCCAUUAAAUAUCAUCGGACACGCGAGAGGGUUCAUAAUCGACGAGACACCCUACGAAGGAAGCAGUGGCGAUUAAGACAUGGAUAGCAAUAGUCCACCGUUAGCAUCCACCAAGAAGAGGAUUAGUCCUCCGAUCAGCUGGGGCCUCGGCCUUGCCAAUAAAACAGUCAAAGUGAUCUUACUGGGUCAACCGGGUGUUGGCAAGUCGGCUUUAGCCGUGCGGUUCGCCACGAAACGCUUCAUAGGCGAGUACGAUUGCACCACGGAUAGAAUCUAUCGGGUCGAUAAUCAUCUGGGAUCCUCGUGGGAGAUAGCAGAUCCUCCAGGAUCUCCGCCCACUUCUGCUGAGCCGAAAUUGCGAUGGGCCGACGCGAUAGUUCUCGUUUAUUCGGUGACGGACCGCGUCAGCUUCGAUGAGACUUCUCAUCUGAGGUUUUUGGUGUCGCAUGCGAGAAAAGGCAGAAAGGUGCCACCGGUUGUGCUGCUUGUGGGAAACAAGGCCGAUCUCUCCUGUUCGCCGGGUGAGCGUAUGGUAUCUGCCCUGGAAGGCCAGAAAAGGGCAAAAGAAAUCGAGGCUCACGCUUUCCACGAGAUUUCCGUAAGGGAAUCAGUUGACCAGGUCACGGCCGUAUUUAUGAAUAUACUAAAAUUGUUGAGCGAACUGCCAGGACAGCAGCCAGCAACUUUUAGACUGAGGGCUUCCACAGAUGGGACUAUAAACACUCGCCGCCGUGAGAAAGAGUCACCCCCUCCAUCGAGAAGAAGGUUUAGCAUUUCCGCUCGCGGAAAUCUAUUAUAAGCGUUAGACUUAUAUUUUAAAAUUCAGUAUUUUUUUUAUCAAACACACAAGACAUUGUAUAAGAAAAAUUGUAUUUUAACUGUUUUAAUAAAUCUAUAUUUGUAAAAAAAAAC